AUGCAGACCGAAGACUGCAAAUUUGUCAAAUUAAUCGGACAUUUAGACGCUGUUAAGUGGUUACAAAAUCCUCGUUACUAUCGUCCCAGUCCAGGAUAUCUAUAUCUUGAAGACUGGACUAAGAAUCCUUUCACUUGGCUUCAUUACGUAGAAAGUUCAGAUGGCCUUCUGGUCGAAGAUGAGGUACUUUUAAACGCGUACUCUCGAUGUUGGUCAAUUCAUGACGUGCAACGGUAUUUCCUCGGUGACCUUCACUGUGAAAAAAUACUAUUCACUCAUCAAUAUCCCAAUUUGAAGUUGCCCAGUCGCUUGGGAAACACUUUGUGGAAAACGAACACAGCAACGAAGGUUUUACCAAAAUUAUAUUUGAAAGAAUUUAAUCGAUCCCUGGAAGUAACUUUAAAGAAAAUGGUUUCAACUAAAGCUCAAAUGAAUAGAUUAAUUAUAUCAGACCAACUGAUCAACAUUGAUUGUCUGGAUUAUUUUAAAAGGAAAACGUUCUUUGAUUAUUUAUUGAAAAUAAUUAGUUUCCAGAACGAAUUGCAACUAGUUUCUUUUGAAAAUUUACGCUGCAAGAGACUCGAGGGUGUUCGGCUAGUCCAACAGUUAGCUUGCUUCAACGCGGAUACAUUGAAAUACUUGUUUCUAUGGAAAUUUGUAUUACCCAAUGAAAAUCCAUUGUUGAUUAAUUACUCUUAUUUAACAGGUAGUGGCCAAUAUAUUUCCAGACCUGAAACAAGACGAUGUUUUAUACAAAGUCUCGGUGUUAUGAAAGAGCUUCGGAUGUUGGCUUUGGAAUACUCUCAUAUAGCCGAUGGAACGGGAGGAGCUCUAAUAUCUUUAUUACCCGUCCUGAAAAGACCAAAUUUUCGCUUGCAGUUAAUUUGUCGUGAAAAUCACGUACCUGGACGUACGAACGCAGCUCUCGGAGUGGGCGGAUAUAAUAUUCCAGAUACGGCUUGGAGGAGAGUUUCUAUAGCCUGUCCAGAUCUUUACCUGUUCAUGGCAUUUGAUAGAAUCUGGGACAACGAUAAUGUGAGACGUUUUUUAUCUCCAAGUAUCCCGCUUUGUGAAACGCAUCUCCACAUCGGCAUUCAUGUAAAACUGGUAGAAAGGAAGGACAGCGAUCUCUCCUGUUUUGUGCGACAUUUGGCGUUUAAUUAUGCCAGUACACUAUCUACACUGGGCAUUCAUCAGUGGCGCAGUGCAAUUUUUCCUCUACGAAGAAUAUUUGAGUUAAUGCCAAGACUAGUAAGAUUUUAUUAUUUAGGAAAUGUGGACGAAACGGAUCUUCACAAAACUCUGAAUUUAUUAGCUUGCGGAGUCUGCACCAAAUUAAAAAAAAUAUCUAUUCAAAUACAACACGAACAAUCUAUGACAGAUCACUGGAAUAAAAUGGUUUUAAAGGUUAUCGAAGAUUACUCUGAAAUUAUGCGACUUAAUGGCAUUGAUUUUUGUAUGCAAAUAUACAAACAUUAA